AUGAACAUCACUGCACGAUACCGACGGCUUGAGAUCACCGCUGAGACGAAACCUUGUCAUUACUUCCUUCUCUAUAGCGGCGCCUUUAUCAACAAGUUUCCCUCUGUAGCGCGUAUUGAAGCGACUUUACUAUUCCGUCAGCACCAUCAGGAUUUCAUUGAUAUACGUACGAUCUAUAUUGCCCUAUCCUCCAGCCAUAUCUACAGUUAA